AUGAUAUACAGAGCCGAAUUUAUGAGAGGAGCUCCAGCUGCUUUAUGGGAGAAGAAAUCUGCCGGACGCAAAUUACGAUUAAGUCGACAACUAUCUUCACUUGAUGUGUUAAAAACGGCUUCUGUUAAUGAAUUACCAAACAUCUAUGAACUUUUAAGUCAAGAACUACGAGCACGUACAAAAUCGGUAGAAGAAAUAUGUCAGAAAUUAAAUGAUUUACCAGAUGAAAUAUUAACUGCUACAUCACUAAUAGAUCAUAAUUUAUACAUUCAAUUAAUACCAAAUACAUUACGUAUAUUAUUAGAAAAAUGGCAUUCUGAAGAUUAUUUAACCAAUGAUGAAUGUAAUCUAUUUGAACUUAUAGUAAAAUUAUUAUCGAAAUUAGUUAGACAAUCAGCGUAUGAUGUAAACAAAAUUGAUAAAAUUCAACAAUGGCUAUUAAAUUUAACAUUUAUUGGAGGUGUAUUUACUUGUGUUCUAGAUAUAGCUAAAGGUAGACAUUUACAAGAUAAUAAUAUAGAAAAUUUGGGUACAUUAUUAGAAAUAUUUUCAUAUUUUCAAACUGAACAAAAAUCUAUUAUGGAUCAUCCAGCUUUAUCACUUUUACUCGAUUCUGUAGUAGCAUGUUUAUCAUCAUCAUUCUAUAUUGAUACAUUUAUUCAACUUCAUCCAGAAACAAAAAAAUUAAUUAAAUCUAAACAAUUUUUAUUAGUAACAUGUACCGAUUAUUUUAAUGCUUAUACUGGUAAUCAACAAAAAAUUUUAGCAAAUAAACUUGUUCAAACAAUGAUAGAAAAUUAUAUAAAUAUUUAUGAAAAAUUUUUAAUUGUAGUUGAUCAAUGGAGUCAACCUAUGACACGUUGUAUUUGUUCUAUGACAAUUAUAAUUUUAUCAUCUGAUUUAAACGAAGAAAUUUUACUUGGAUAUGAAGAAAAUCUUAUUGAAAAUUUUAUUAAAAUAUUAAAUUCAACAAAUUUAUUAAAAAAUAUUUCACCAAUAUCUAUUAAUUCUCAAACAUUAUUAAUACAAGCUAUUAUUCAUCUUAUAUAUCAAUUAUGUUUGAAUGAUAAUAUAUUAAAAAUAGUAAAAGAUAAACAAUUAACUGAUAUUAUUACAAAAUUUACGCAAGUAAACAAUGGUGAAAUUACACUUGAAGCCUAUAAAAUUUUAGAAUUAAUUACGCCAGAUAGUGAAUUUACUGAAAUAGUGGAUCCAGUUAAAGUAGCUGAAGUGGCAGUUAACAAUCUAACAGAUGUACUAAAUUCAUCGACAGAUGUAAAUAGAGAAAAAGUACUAACAGGAUUGAAAAGUAAGCAAAUUUCCUUUGUAGAACUCCUUCCAUUGAAUGAAUGA